AUGCCGACUUCUCUGGACAAGGCGCUAAACUCCAAGAAUCUCUUCCUGGGCUUCGCUGGCAUCGUCACAGCCGUCUCCGCUUGGUCAAUAUGGGGUGGUGAAAUGUUUCCCGCAGAGGCAGACCCCAAAGGAGACCCGGCCGAGUGGACAACUGAAGAACUAAGGAGGUGGCUCCGAGCGAGAGGCCUUUUGCCGGCGGACACAAUGUCGCGUGAAGAACUUGUGGAGCGUGUUAAAGCGAACUUGCGGCCGACCCGGAGCGCGUAA